UGCUUUUCUUUCUAGUUGGUUGAGUUGGUUCAGUUCAGUGUUUAUUUUACGUAUUUGCCGGUUUAAACACUAAAUUCAUACAUAAUGGCCCGUAAUAUUGUAAAACUAGGUGCUUUAGAAGCUCAGAGAACAGCAUUCCUCCUGUGUGAUAUCCAGGAGACAUUCAGGCCUCAUGUAAAACAUUUUGGCGAAGUUGUUAAAGUGGCUAAUAAAAUGAUGGAAGCUGCGAAACACUUCAAAAUCCCGGUUUACGUCUCAGAGCAAUACCCCAAAGGGCUCGGACACACAACUAAGGACAUUGACGUGUGUAACGCGGCCCUUGUGUAUGAAAAAACUAAGUUUUCAAUGUACACUCCAGAGCUGCAAGAGAGACUAAAGAAAGAUGUGCCAUCGUUGGAGACUGUGGUCUUAUUUGGGAUUGAGGCCCAUGUAUGCAUUGAGCAGACAGUCAUCGACCUACUGAAUGAGAACAUCUCUGUCCAUGUCUUGGCUGAUGGAGUGUCGUCUAGGUCUUUGAUGGACCGUGGAUUGGCUUUGCAGCGCAUGCAAUCCAUAGGCACCUUCAUAACCACCUCAGAAAACGUCCUCUUCAAAUUGAUGAAGGACAAAAACCACCCCGCCUUCAAACACAUUUCUAAGUUGAAUAAAGAACCUACGGUGGAUACGCUUGGAUAUACGAUGUCGAAACUGUAGAAACUAGCGUCUUCAAACCAUCGGCUGCUUCGUCGGAACUUCAGAAAACGUACUAUUUAAGCUAUUGAAGGACAAAAAUAAUCCGGCUUUUAAACAAAUAUCCAAACUUAAUGUUGCACCUACUCCGGACGAAUUUGGCGCGCAAACUUUGGAAAAUAAAUUACAUUAAUAAGU